AUGGCAAUGCCACUCUCAUUUCCCUCACUCCUCUCUCUCCUCUCUCUCCUCUCUCUCCUCCUCAUCCCAUCUCUCAUUUCCUCCUCCCCGGUCCCAAACCCCGAUUCCGUAAUCGAAGAAGUACACGGAAGCAUUAAUGCGUCUCGAAGGAGUUUAGGUUUUCUUUCUUGCGGAAGUGGAAACCCCAUUGAUGACUGCUGGAGGUGCGACCCCAAAUGGGAGCAGAACCGCCAGCGACUCGCCGACUGCGCCAUCGGCUUCGGAAAGCACGCCACUGGCGGCAGAGACGGCAAAAUAUACGUGGUCACCGACUCCAGCGACCACCCUGUCAACCCGAAACCAGGAACUCUCCGCUACGCUGUCAUCCAAGACGAGCCGUUAUGGAUCAUCUUCAAAAGUGACAUGACCAUUAAGCUCAAAGAGGAGCUGAUGAUGAACUCGUUCAAGACCAUCGACGGCCGAGGAGCCAAUGUACACAUCGCCGGCGGGCCUUGCAUUACUAUACAGUACGUCAGUAAUAUCAUCAUCCACGGCUUGAACAUCCACGACUGCAAGCAAGGGGGAAAUGCUUAUGUAAGAGACUCUCCAAACCAUUACGGGUGGAGGACUCUGUCCGACGGGGACGGGGUUUCGAUUUUCGGGGGAAGCCAUGUUUGGGUGGAUCAUUGCUCCCUCUCAAACUGCCGUGAUGGUCUCAUUGACGCCAUUCGUGGCUCCACGGCUAUUACGAUCUCCAACAAUUACAUGACGCACCACAACAAGGUCAUGUUGCUAGGUCACAGUGAUACUUACACACAGGACAAGAACAUGCAGGUCACCAUUGCGUUCAAUCACUUUGGAGAAGGCCUAGUUCAAAGGAUGCCAAGGUGUAGGCUUGGAAAUUUUCAUGUGGUGAACAAUGACUAUACACAUUGGGAAAUGUAUGCAAUUGGGGGUAGUGGUAAUCCAACUAUUAACAGCCAAGGGAAUAGGUUUCUUGCACCUAAUGAUGUAUUUAACAAAGAGGUGACUAAACAUGAGGACGCACCACAGAGCCAGUGGAGCAAAUGGAACUGGAGGUCUUCAGGGGACUUGUUGCUGAAUGGUGCAUUUUUCACAGCAUCCGGUGCCGGAUCAUCUUCGAGCUACGCCAAAGCUUCGAGUUUGGGUGCAAGGCCAUCUUCCCUAGUGAGCUCACUCACAGGUAGUGCUGGUUCACUCAAGUGUAAGAAGGGGUCGCGUUGCUGAUGAGAAAAUUGGGCUGUAAUUACAACUAGUAGCUACUAGAAUUUUCCAUUACGCUGAUGUAUAUCGGCUUUUUCACUUCUUCUUUUUUAAUUUUGGUGUUCUCAACCUUGGCUUGUUUCACCAUUAAACCAAGUGUAAUUUUUCUGAAGCAAGUCCAAAGUGUUGAUGGUUGAACCACUUAAACAUGAAGUGUAAGCUCAAGUGGUACACAUAUAUUAUGUAUGAAAAAAGUUUCGUAUCAUAUCCUAAA